GCGGCCGCGAAGUGCCGGUGCCGGGGGAGGCAGAGUGGUUCCUCUCUAUGGUCGCGCCGGAAGUGCGGCGGGGGGUUCCGGCGAGGCGGUGAGCGGGCUGGCGGGAGGUUAAUGGCGGACGCGAUUCGCGCCUCUGAGCACUGAACGCUCCCUCGCCGCCUCCCGCCCCGCCGCCAUGUCCGUGGUGCCGCCGAACCGUUCGCAGACCGGCUGGCCCCGCGGGGUGAACCAGUUCGGGAACAAGUACAUGCAGCAGACGAAGCCGCUCACGCUGGAGAGAACCAUCAACCUGUAUCCUCUGACAAAUUACACAUUUGGUACAAAGGAGCCCCUGUAUGAGAAGGACAGUUCCGUGGCAGCUCGGUUUCAGCGCAUGAGGGAAGAGUUUGACAAGAUCGGCAUGAGGCGGACAGUGGAAGGAGUUCUCAUUGUACAUGAGCACAGGCUGCCCCACGUGCUGUUGCUGCAGCUCGGUACAACUUUUUUCAAGCUACCUGGUGGUGAACUCAAUCCAGGAGAAGAUGAGGUAGAAGGGCUCAAACGCCUAAUGACAGAGAUACUGGGUCGUCAGGAUGGUGUUCAGCAAGACUGGGUGAUUGAUGACUGCAUUGGUAACUGGUGGAGACCAAACUUUGAACCUCCACAGUAUCCCUAUAUCCCAGCUCAUAUUACGAAACCAAAAGAGCAUAAAAAGCUUUUCUUGGUCCAGCUUCAAGAAAAAGCUUUGUUUGCAGUCCCCAAGAAUUACAAGCUGGUCGCUGCACCGUUGUUUGAGCUCUAUGACAAUGCACCAGGAUAUGGACCCAUAAUUUCCAGCCUUCCUCAACUUUUGAGCAGGUUCAACUUUAUUUACAACUGAAUUCCUGUAUAACUGAAGAGUCUGAUAGAAGAAGCCGUCUCUGUGAGCACAGCUUUCAAAUGUAGAGAGAAGAAUGCGUCUGAUGCAAGGAUUUUUUUUUGUCUUUCUUUUCCUGAAGGCCACUGAGCUUUCUAUUGUAUGAAUAGAGAAGUGAACCUCAACUGUUUAGGUAGUGGGAUGGCAACGUGAUAUCAGUGUUUUAAUCACUUUUCAUUUUAAUACUCACCAAAUUUUUUUUGUACCACAUUAAACAAAAUGGUUAAGAUUA